AUGGAACCAAGCAAUGGUACACAAAUUUCAGAAAUUCUUCUUCUGGGACUUUCACAAGCACUGGAACUACAGUCCCUCAUAUUUGGGCUUUUCCUCUCCAUGUACCUGGUGACUGUGUUUGGAAACCUGCUCAUCAUUUUGGCUGUCAGUUCAGACUCCCACCUCCACACACCCAUGUACUUUUUCCUCUCCAACCUGUCUUUGGUAGAUAUCUGUUUCACCUCCACCACCAUCCCCAAGACACUGUGGAACAUCCAGACACAGAGAAAAGUCAUCACCUAUGAAGGCUGCAUCACACAGAUGUAUUUUUUCAUACUUUUUGCUGGGUUGGAUGACUUCAUCCUGACUGUGAUGGCCUAUGACCGGUUUGUAGCCAUCUGCCACCCGUUGCGCUACACAGUCAUCAUGAACCCCCGGCUCUGUCUGCUAGCAUUUUCUACUUGUGCAUCUCACCUCUCAGUUGUCUCCUUAUUUUAUGGUACUAGCCUUGGAGUUUACCUCAGCUCAAGUGCUACCCACAAUGCACAGUCAAGUGCAACAGCCUCAGUGAUGUACACUGUGGUCACACCCAUGCUGAACCCCUUCAUCUACAGUCUGAGGAACAAGGACAUAAAGAGGGCCCUGCAAAGGUUCCUGGCAGGUAAACUUUUCAAGUGCCAACUGUACUGA